AUGUUCCCGAUAUCGCAAAUGUCGACGAUUGAUGAGACCAAAUCGGGCUCUGUGACAGAGGUGCAAGUGCCAGAAGAAGCCAUCAAAGACGUCGCCUAUGAAUUGUUCCAGGAAGGUGGGGCCAACGAUGAAGUGGACCCUAAAGACUCUUCCCGUAUAGCCAGAAAACUCGACGUCCACAUGAUGUGGGUGCUGUGCACUCUGUACGGUAUUAACUACGUUGAUAAGGCAGCACUGGCAUGGGCCGUUCUGUUUACCUUCGAGGAAGACCUUGGACUCACCGGAAGUGACUACUCGUGGGUUUCGUCGAUCUUCUAUUUUGGCUACUUGGGCGCCCAGCUCCCAGCAUCCUACCUUUUGCAACGCUUCCCAGUGGGUAAAGUGAUCUGCUUCUCCUCCUUUGCGUGGGGGAUCAUCAUGCUUGCCCACAUGGGUUGCAAAAACUACGCCGGUAUUCUUGUCUGCAGAUUCCUCCUCGGAGUGUUUGAGGCCCCUGUCUCAGGUGGAUUUGUGCUAUUCACGUCUUUGUUCUACACCAGAAAAGAACAGGUGUCUCGGACCAUGUACUGGGGCUCCAUGCAGGGUAUUUUCUACGUGAUUUUCGGAUUUAUCACCUACGGUUUGGGCCACGCGCAUAGCUCCUCCCUAAAAGAGUGGCAGCUGAUUUACUUAGUUUUGGGACUCUGUUCGGUCAUUAUCGCGUGCGUGUGGUUUGCAUUGAUCCCAGACUCACCGGACAAAGCAAGAUUUCUGUCCAAGGAGGAAAAAAUUAUUGCCGUCAAAAGAGUCUCCAAAAACAUGAUGGGUGUCAAGACCAACGACUGGAAAUACAGCCAGGUUUGGGACUGCCUUGUUGACCCAAAGACGUGGCUUAUGGUUGCAUUCAUUAUCUUUUCUAUGAUUCCAAACGGUGGUCUAACCAACUUCGGCUCUUUGGUGCUUAAAAGUAUCGUCCAUAACAGGGUCCAAUCCAUUGCGAUUGGUGUGGGCAGCUCGUUUUUCUCGUCCGGCCAAAUGCUAAUUUACUCCGUUUUGUCCAUGAAGUACCACAAUUUGAGAACUAUUGGAAUGAGCGCGCCUUUGCUACUGGCAAUUGCAGGUUUGUCUGCUGUCUACGCGACAGAGGACCACGGCGCCAAGUGGGGCCGUGUUUUUGCUUACUGGAUGAUCAACUCGUACGCAGUCACGUGGCCGUUUGCUCUUUCGAUCAUUGGAUCAAACUACGCAGGACACACCAAACGUGCCACCAUGAGCAUGUUGCUGCUAAUUUUCUUUGCCGUGGGAAACAUCAUCGGUCCAUUCUGUUUUACCAGUGAGGAUGCUCCAAAAUACACCAAGGCUCUGGCUACAAAUUUGGGCUGUUUCUGUGCCUGUUUCCUCAUCGCAGUGCUCCUGAGACUGUAUCUGAUAUGGGAGAACCGUAGAAGAGACGCGAAAUACGGGCCCGUUGCCGAGCUUACGGAAGACGAAAGACAGCAGGGCAUCAUCAACGGUAUGAAGGAUCUCACAGAUACGGAAAACAAGGAGUUCCGAUUUGUACUAUAA